GCUCCUCAAAUCUUAGUUUGAUGAGUUCGGUAGAGCAUUGAUAGUAAUGCUUCCAAGUAUUCUCUAAUUACCAAGUACUUCCACCUAUCUCUAGGAUCCUUAAUUGCCACUUUUCACGAAUCUUUUCUGUUAGUUAUAAUGGCCAACACAAAUGGAACUUCAAAAGGGUUGGAAUGGAGGGUGACAAUCUCUGAUAGGUCACCCGAAAGACCGGCAGUGGAAUCUUCAUGGAUCUGCAGAGCAUGGAUAGGACUCUUGGGGAUAAUUUUAGCAUUGAAAUCGAAAGUGUGGAGGUUUUGGGAGAAGAUAAGGAAGUUGGCCGUUGAUGAUCCUAGAAGGAUUUUCCAUUGUUUAAAAGUGGGGCUGGCACUUACAUUGGUGUCCCUGUUUUACUACAUCAAGCCCUUGCACGAUGGUAUUGGAGGAACGGCCAUGUGGGCCAUCUUCACCGUCGUUGUAGUCUUCGAAUACACAGUCGGUGCAACGCUCUCCAAAGGCUUAAACAGAGGAGUGGCGACUCUAGUUGCUGGAGCCCUCGGCUUUGCUAUUCAUUGGCUUGCAAACCAAACUGGUGAGAAGGCUGAGCCUGUGGUUCUUGGUGUCCUUGUCUUCCUUAUAGUUUCUGCAGCGACUUUUUUCAGAUUCAUUCCCACAGUCAAAACCCGAUUUGAUUAUGGUGUUUUGAUCUUUAUCCUCACCUUCAGCUUGGUUUCCAUCUCGGGCUAUCGCGAGGAAAAAUUGUUUAAGUUGGCCCACGAGCGUCUAUGCACCAUUGCCAUAGGAGGGUUCAUGUGCUUACUCGUCAGCAUUUCUAUCUGUCCCAUCUGGGUGGGCGAAGAAUUCCACCACCUGAUCACUUGUAACAUUGAAAAGCUUGCCGAUUCUUUAGAUGGAUGUGUUGCUGAAUAUUUCAAUGAAAGUGGGAGUACAGCAGACAACGAAGAGCCCUGUCCAAAAUCAAAAGCCUACAAAAGCGUUCUCAAUUCAAAGGCGACCGAAGAAUCACUGGCCAAUUUGGCACGAUGGGAGCGGCAUCCAUGGAAGCAGUAUCUAAAUAUCGCAGCAGAAAUUCGUUGCUGCGCUUAUCAAGUAGAGGCACUCAACGGUUCCUUCAAUUCAGAGAUUCAGGCACCCGAGUUCAUGAAGAAGCAUCUCAGUGAGGCAUGCAUUAAACUAAGUUUACAAUCUUCCAUGGUCUUGAAAGAGCUCGUGACCACAACCAAAAGCAUGAGUAGAUCUUCCAACAUAGAGUUUUUAGUUGGAGAGAUGAAUGGCGCUGUAGAAGAUCUCCGUAGUUCAUUGAAAUCACUUCCUGACCAAGUUCCACCGACGCUGCUGCCUCCAUCAAUAGAAGCAAUGGAGGAGGAAACCCCAUGCAUCUCAACCACCAAGGUGCCACUUACAGAGGUCAUGCCUCUUGUCGUGCUCACUUCGCUCCUGAUCGAAAUCGCAGGGAGGAUCCAAGGAGUCGUCGAUGGCGUCAAUGAGCUAGCAGCCCUUGCGAAUUUCAAACCCGCGGUUGAUGCUGAGCCCAGGUAGACCUAAGCUGCGGGACAUUUGGUUUUGAACGGUCUGUCUUAUUGCCACUAAUAGAUGGUCAUGGCCAUUUGUCUGUUACUAUGUAUGCAUGUGG